GGAAUAAGCAUGACAAUUGGCAACGUUGCAGUUGAGCAUUGCAAUAGAAACUUCCACGUCCCGUCCAUUGGCAUUGUGUCUACUCUGUCACUGUCCUCGAUUCUUUGUGUAUUAUAUAACGGCACACUGCACAGUAAUACAGACAUUACGGAAUGCUUGAAAUGCAUAAAGUUAGUUUUUGAACUGGUGAGUAAUAGGUGAAAUCAAUAAAAAAUUGAAAAAUGCAAUGUUUGUGGGUGAUAUUAUAGUGACAGGUUAGGUUCCGCCAGGUCUGUCGACUUUUAAGGGUGAGGGGUAUAUUUGAUUUUAUUAUUUUUACCUCAAGUUUUUGCUAAUACACUCUGAUACAUUGAUAUUUCCGUAAAUGAAACAUGAUUUACCAACGAGUUUGUGGAGUUUUCAAUCCAAUCUAUUCAGCUGUGCAAACUAGGAAUAUACAAACAACUGUUGUGGUUCCACUGAUACAGAAGUGGAGAAAAGACAGAGGACUUCCUAUGAACCCCUACCAUGCUGGGGAUCUUCUAGGUAAAGCUGAUUACAGUUUUGUGGAUGGUAGACCCACUCCCUACACAGUUGGCCAAGCUAAGAGAAUCAUGAGAGACCGAGAAAAUUUGAAGCAGAUCAUAGAAUUGUCAGCAGAAAUAGAUUUCGCUGUGGACAGACAUCAACAGUUGUUAGCAGCUGAAGAGAAUAGGGUACAGCAGAUUCUUGGGAAUAAGUUGAAGCCCAAAGGGUUGAAUUUGUUGAAAUCCAAGUGAAUUGGCAUUGUGGUUCAGGAUUAUGAACAAUCAAGGUUGUGUACAUAACCAGAGAUUUAUGAAUGUGAUGGGGUUGUUUGGGGAUGUCCACUAUCAUUUACAAAACAUUCAUAAAUAAAUCAUUUUAAUAGCUUACAAGCAUUGUGAAUAGUAAAAAGAGUGAGUAGAUUGAUAGAGCAGAACAGAGUUCAGUAAUCUUUGAUACAAUCCUUCAUAUCCAUGUGUAUUGUAAUCAAACAUUUCAUAGAUAUUGUGUAGUCAAUAUGUGAAAUAAAUAAAAGAAGAAAACAGAGAAGUGCUCACAUAAAUAUGAGUUUUGUUGCCUUAUAGAAAUCUUCAAAAUGAUUGUUCAAGUAUUGUCUAAAAGAUGGCACUGAGGGCAGCAUUUUGAGUCAAGGAUUAUAGGACUACUUUGGUUCACUGUACAGGGUUAUCCAGAAAAAACAAAUGAUAUGCUGAAGUUGAAUGCCCCAAUGAGGCCCUUAUUAGAAGUUUUACAGGGUGAUCCCUAAAAGCUUGACAAACCACAUAUUGAUUUUUCAAAAUGGAACAUUCUGUUUUUUUUUUAUAUUUUUCAUGUGCAAUAAUCAAGCUACACCAUUUCAUGAUUUCACCAAUUAUAAAGUUUUUUCCAUUUUUUCUUUC